GUAACUAACAUUGAUAUCUUUUCCAUUUGAAGGUCAGGGUGUGGUGGAUAUUAAAACUCCAGCUCUCCCUGUGAAUGGGACUGUGGGACACUCUGCCUGGUUCCCUGUGAAAAUAGACCCCAUCCCAAAGAAGGCAGAUAUCACCUGGAAAUUCACUGAAAUUGGUCGUGCAGCAGCCAUCGCUCGAUUGGACACCAGUGACGGGAAAAUUAAAAUAUAUGAAGACACCAGGUUUGAUGGAAGGGUCACAAUGUACCAGAACCUGACCCUUCAGAUAAACGACCUGAGGAUGGGUGACGGAGGGAUUUACACAGUGACUGUAACAGGAGGAGGAGGAGAUUAUACAGGAAAGGUUACUCUGCAGGUCUAUGAGCCCGUGUCUGUGCCCAGUGUGGAGCUGAUUGAGAACAUCACUGCUGAGGGCUGUAAUGUGACCCUGCUUUGCUCUGCGGAGAGCGGGAGUAACAUCAGCUAUACCUGGACAUCGCUAGGAACCAACCAGACAGAUGGGGAGGUGGAACAGCUCUCCGGGAACAAGGGGGAGCUGAAACUGUCAGUGGGAAUGUCUGACCCCAUCCACUAUCGGUGUACGGUGUGGAACGCAGUCAGUGCGGAGAGCGGGGAGAUCAGGAUAGACCCACCCUGUACAGGUUCUCAGUCUGUGGGAGGUUUAAGUAUUGUUUUGUACACUGUUUUUUCCAUCAUCAUCAUCAUCAUCAUCAUCACCAUUAUCUGCGUGAAAGUUCAAAAAGCAAGAAAUAGAAACCUAGGAGAACAAAUGCUGCCUGAUCAGUCCACACGAGUCCCCACCGUCCCCAACAACUACGAUGGUAACACAGGCUCGGAGCAGCCGUACACAGUUUACGCAGUGGUGCAGCGGACAAACCGAGAUGAGACGCAGGAAGGCAACUAAAUCCAGCAGGAGAGCAAAGGUCACCGCUGCCUUGGAACUGAGCAGUCUGGGCUGGACAAUCAAGGGGAAAACACUCUCCCCACCGUGGUCAAGGUCAAACCAGGGACACUGCCUCAGCUCACCCUUUGUGCUUCCUUUGCCUAUCCAUGCUGUCUUUACAGUACAUCACAUCACAUCAUACACACACACGCGCUCAUACACACACACACAUACACUCACACACACACACAC